AUGAGUCGUGAGAGAGUCAACGGCUCGCACGCCGACCUCUUCAAAUCAGUGCUGCCCGCCGUCCUCGAUGCCGUUGGCGACAUCGCACAGGCGCUGAGCAGGGCGCAUCAUGUCGCGCUGGCGGGCACGGCCAACACGUUUGGCGACGACCAGCUGAACGUCGACGUCGCGGCCGAGAACAUCCUGCGCAGGACACUGGCCGAGAGGUGUCCCUCGGUCGUCACCGCCAGCAGCGAGGAGGACCCUGUGGAGAAGGCUGUUCACGUCGGCUCUGAUGAGACCAAGACAACUGCGCAGCAGCAGUAUACGGUCGCCUUUGACCCGCUCGACGGGAGCUCCAUCAUCGCGCCCAACUGGACAGUCGGCACGAUCCUCGGCGUGUGGGACGGGAGCACGGCGGUGGGCCAGCCCUCUGAGAAGCAGAUCGCGUCGGUCCUCGGCGUGUACGGGCCUCGCACGACCGCCAUCCUCGCGAUCCGCAUCCUGGGCGCCACGCCGCCCGUCUGCCUCGAGAUCGGCCUGAACGAGCACGGCUCCAGGGACUGCGAGAUCAUCCGCUCUGAAGUCAAGCUGUCGCCGCCGCCGUUCAAGACGCGCUACUUUGCGCCGGCCAACCUGCGCGCUGCGGGACAGGACGAGAGGUACAUGGGGCUGGUGAAUAGGUAUAUCCAGGAGGGCUACACCCUGCGGUAUUGCGGCGGGCUCGUGCCUGAUCUGGUGCAUGCUCUGGCCAAGGGGCACGGCGUCUAUGUGUCGCCCGUCACGGCAAAGAGCAAGGCCAAGCUCAGGCGACUGUUUGAGCUUUUCCCUAUUGCCUUGGUUAUCGAGUGUGCGGGUGGUGUGGCUAUCGACCCUGUGGAUGGCAAGGCGAUACUGGACAGAGUGCUGAAGGGAACUGAUGAGAGGGCUGGCCUGGUCUGUGGAACGCCAGAAGACGUUGAGAUAGUGAGGCAGGCUUUACUGGGUUGA